AUGGUCGUAGACCAAGUAACACCUACUUCGUACGAUAUGGGAAAGCUCAAAGGAGAGGAUCCAUCGAGCAAUAACGAAAAACAGGAGGGGAUAGAAGAGGAACCAUAUAAACCUGAUCCGCACCCGAUAACACUGGAAAUUGCUCCAAAUCCUGCUCCAAUGCUUGCUCCGGUUCCUAUCGUGACUCCCGAUUCGAUCCCUCCACCACCGGCUCCUGCUCCGACCCCUAAGUGUGAACAUGUCGUGAAGUGGAUCGAUCACGACAAAAUCAAACCGUUUCGCCAGCCUGACCCCGUGUCAGUUACUGAAUUAGCUGCCCUCAAAUUUCAACCGAUGAUCAAAAUUAGCGGCGGAUGUCACGCGUACCCCAUGGUGACCGCAGAAGGUGAGACCAGCAGUGGUCUUAAAACUACCGGAGCUACUGAUGGUAACUGUAGGGGAGCUCAGUGGGGGUCUCAGAUUUACGGACGGGCAGCUUGGUACAGGAAGUAUUUUGUCAUCAUGUACCUCCUUUACUUUCCAAAAGACUCACCAACACCGGGUAUGGGUCACCGUCAUGACUUUGAGGAAGUUCACAUCUAUAUCAACAACCCUGCCGAAGCAAACCCGACGGUCUUGGCUGUGGCAGCGUCGGCCCACGGCAAAUUCGAAAAGCACGCUCCUCCUCAUCCCUCCAUAAUGAACGGUACGCAUGCAAAAAUCCGAUAUUUUAGCCAGUGGCCUUUAAACCACCAACUUGAAGCCACUACCGAAGAAGGUGGUUUUCAGGAAUUAAUCAUGUGGCAUCAGCUUCCGGAGAAGGCCCGUUGUGCCUUGAAUACAGUCUACUGGGGCAAAGCGAACAAUCCCAUGCGUGAUGAAAACUUUUGGAAAAGACUGGAAAAAUCCUUUCCUUUUUGA